AUGAGCUCAAAGGAUUCUGGGAAAUAUUUUGGGGUUAACUGAAUUGAGAGUGAUCCAAAAGAACUUAUGGAGAAGAAGAGGUUCUUAAAUCUUCUCAAUGAGGUCAAAUUUAAAGAUAUAAUAGAUCUGGCUCCAUUGCUUAACUUUAUGGAAGACCUUUGAGUCAACUGGAAGACAGGCUUUAAGGAUGAUAAAGAGAUUAUAGAAAAGUUUACAGAAGAAUGUCAGCAAGAGAAAACCCAAAUAAUGGAAUACAAGAAAUCUAAUGCAAACUUGAAGAAACAGAUUAGUAAAUAUAAGAGACAAAAAGCUAGAGUUGAGGAUAAGGCUGCUAAACUCGAAAUCAAGUGUAAAUUUGCAGAGUACCAAAGACUGCAAAAGAUCAUAGCUCCGCAUAAGCUAUCAUUGCACAAAAAAUACUUGAAAGAGAUGAAUCAAAUAUACAGAAGAUGAGUGACUAAAUCUGGUAACAAAGACUUUUACACAUCUGAGGAUUAAUU